AUGGAGAAAGAUGGGGAUGUUACUCCAAAUGAUCUAUGUUUUUCACGAAUAGACGAAAAUUGUGCCGGACAUUGUUGCUUCCCAAAUGCCCAUUUCCAAGAUAACCUCGCCGAAAAACGUUUUAUCAUGAAAGCUGAGCUUUGCGAGCCAAAAGAAAGUCUAGCGGGACAGACAUGCGGUCCAUAUGGCUUGCUAGAACUUUACAACCACCUUAAAUGGGCUGAUAAACACCCAGGCAGACGCUUAGUGACGUUUGGCAUGAAGCCCACAAAGUUAAUGCCUGAGUUCCACUCAACGGACAACGUACUAGACACAUUCAACGGCACAAUACAGGAACGUAGCUUAGGGUUGCACGAAAUUGAAGCUGACGUUCCGGACGAGUAUCGUUUCAGCGAGAAUUUCAACAAAAUACAACCGCUUCGCCUACCGCUAAUUAAGAUGACAAACCUGACCGAAGACACGUUAUUCUUUCUCUUCUAUACGUGUGGUGGCAGCGUCAUGCAACUGACCGCUUCAAGGGAGCUGCAUCGGCGCGAAUGGCUGUUUCAUCGCCGUGAACAAGUUUGGCUCAAACUGACUGACUCGAAAUCCGACUGCAAUAACCAUACAUUUGAGUUCUUCGACCCGCUAAACUGGCGCCAAGAGACCAAGUCGUGUCCGCUUCCUUACGAGCAGCUUGAAAAGCAUCCACCGAGGCUCAGUUUUCCUACAGGUUUGUAA